GUCUCGGCCGUAACCACAGGCGUUUCCAUGUGCUGCGCUAAAAAAAUAAAAAAUAAAUCCUGAAUUUGAACCAAACGUGCUGAAUCCUCGUCAUAGUAAGCCCAUCACUACUUUACUGGACUAAAACAACAUUCGUUCAAUCUUGGUGUUCGGUUAAAGUCUUCUCGGUGCACGGUGAAGCUUCUCGGCCUAGCUUAGCUUAGCAUGCUAACAAAGAGACGCGUUUUUUUGUUUUUGUUUUUUUGUGAGCAACCUUUAGCAAAACCGAGAUCAAGUGUGAGCGUCGUGUUCAUUUUCCGCCAACUACUAAGCGUAAAGUGUUGUGGUCGUCAUGUGAAAAUGUGUGCAAGAAGGACAGCAGAGUAUGAGGAGGAACUUUCUGGACCAAAAGAGCCACAACAUCAACUACUGGAUGCUGUUUUCAAUCUGCAGCCUCGAACUGUGCUACGCAGAGCAGACAUCAGUGAAGAUCUUCGUCAUGAGUGUCGGGAGCCAGAGCCCCUUUACAUUAAAGAGGAAGUGGAGGAUGAAGCGCACCCCCACAUCAAAGAAGAAGAGGAAUUGAAGACCACUUCCAUUAAAAAAGAGAAUGAAGAAGUGCAACCCCACAUCAAACAGAAAGAGGAGUGUAUCGCCAAGUUUCCAUCGACUAGUGUCCCUUUGAAGAGUGAAGAUGAAGGUCGACGUGAGGAGAGCAGAAGCAGCUCAAGUCGACACAUGACAACAGAAGGUGAUGGAGACCACUGUGGAGGAUCACAAGCAGAAGGCCUCUUAGCUACACAAUUAGAUAGUGACGACAUGACGUCUCACUCUCCUCACACUGAUGAUGAUGAUGAUAAACCGUCUGAAGGUGAUAACAAACGCUGGAAAUGUUCUCAGUGUGGGAAAACCUUUGCUUAUAAGAGCAGUUUGAAACAACACACGAGAACACACACCGGAGAGAAAGCUUUUGCCUGUUCAGAUUGUGGUAAAAGAUUCUCCUAUAAGGGAGACUUGACAAGGCACACCAGAACGCACACUGGAGAAAAACCUUUUGUCUGCUCAGUUUGUGGUCAAAGAUUCUCUGAGAACGGAAAAUUAACAGUACACGCAAGAAGACACACUGGAGAAAAACCGUUUGCUUGCUCAGUUUGUAGUCAAAAAUUCUCUGCAAAGGGAAAAUUAACAAUACACACAAGAACCCACACUGGAGACAAACCUUUUUCCUGCUCAGAUUGUGGUCAAAGAUUCACUCAGAAAGGAACCUUAAAAAUACACACAAGAAUGCACACUGGAGAGAAACUUUUUUCCUGCUCAGAUUGUGGUCAGAGAUUCACUCAGAAGGGAGCCUUAAAAUUACACACAAGAACACACACUGGAGAGAAACCUUUUUCCUGCUCAGUUUGUGGUCAAAGAUUCUCUCGUAAGGAUCGCCUGAAGACACACAAGUGUGCUGUGUCUGCCGUGUGCACCCACGCGUGGUGCACGGACCGAGGCAUCGGCUAACCGCUCUGCUACCCCCGGGCCAGCACACCAGUGAUGGGGCC